CUUGACCCUCUCCUCACCGAGUUUCAUUCGCAAAGCCAUCUUUUCGCUGCCUUCUCGGAUAGACACGCUAGUCUACGGGAGACUGGAUUUAAUCAUAUUUCUCUCUGACUUAUAUUCUCAUGCUCUAGGCUCGUGCUAAUGCCACUGGAAGAUUCGAAAGCCGUUACCAGUCCUGCGUUUCUUCCACAGAUCGCACAACGUUUCCAGACCCUCAUAUGGACCUGUCUCGACUUCGACCUGGUCAGAUCCGCGGUUUUCUAUGCGGAACGUUAUCUUGUCAUAGACGAGAAUAACCAUGAUGCGCGUCAUCUUUAUGCUACUGCACUUCUUCGAUCCGGUCAGCCACAUUCAGGACUGCAAUUAGUCAGUGGUGUUCAACAGUCGAGAUGCAGUGGAUGCUUGGAGAUCAAGGGAAAGUGUUGUGCUGCUCUCGGUCGGCACAGGCUAGCACGCGAAGCUUUUGACGCUAGUUUACAGGAUCCAACCUACACCCCAACGGCUUCUAUGGGCCCUAGAACCUCGCGCGCCUUUCCGGAGGAAGCUGCUACACGAUGUCGAUCUGGAACGAUGGCAAUGAAAGGCAGUCUUCCUGAGCAGGCCACUUGUAGUUUCCGACAAGCUCUCGCACUUAACCCCAUGUUGUGGGAAGCAUUUGAAGGCUUGUGCUCUCUUGGCACAGCUCCUGAAGUAGACGAGAUCUUUCCAAUGCGUCCCGUCCCAGUGAAACAGGGCCCGCCAGAAGAGCCUCCACCGACCAAGGCUCCGUCUGGCCCGACCGCUACUGGAGCUGGAUUUUUUACGCCUGACAUUACUGUCAAUACCACUCUAUUUCGUGGCCGCAAGAAUGUCCCUCAGGCUUUCCGAAUGGAUCCUCCACUAGAUCCGCGCGACUCUAUCGCUACUAACGAACCGUUCUUUCAUACGGAGAACUCUUUUCUUCAACCUCCGGCCCGUAAUUCUAAACUCGAGCCAGCAGGGCCUGGCCCAUCUCAGUCGGCUGCUCGACCACUAUCUUCGGCAGAUGAGACUGGUCCCGCGCAGAAGAGGCUUCGAUCAACGAUCCGACAAAAGAGCACUGAGACUAUCGCAUCCAAGCCAUCCAAGCUGACUGUGGACGAAACGUCGAAAAAGCCCGUCAUAUCAUCCAGGACAACUGCAGUCGGAGGAAUUACUAAGAACGAGAGAGGGAGUGCUGCUGUUGCACCACGGCGAAGCACGCGCCUCUUGAGUGGCACCAUUAGCAAGCCUCCCAAGCAUCCGCCUCCACGAGAUCGUCGCCGGCAGCUGACUACGUCGCGGUCACGAUCAAUAGACUCGGACGGUGAGGAUGAUGCCAACCUCCACGGGGAGGUCGCGUCCUCAACAUCGCCAACUUCGAAUGCUCAGUCACCUCCCUCAGAGACCUCUCCGGCGCCAAGUAAUUGGACUGCAGCAAAUGAACUUGCUGCUCAGGAGGCGUAUGAUUCAGAGAUGGCGGACCACUACGUCUACGACCUGCUCCGACGAUUUGCACGUGCUACUCGAGCUUUAUCCAAAUAUGAUUGUUACACCUGUCUUAUGGAACUCGACCAGAUACCGACUGCACACCAGCAAUCAUCGUGGGUAUUGGCGAUGGUGGGUCGAGCUCACUAUGAACAACUCGAGUAUGCGUCAGCAGAACGAGCAUUCAGGGCAGCUCGAGCUCUUGAACCUUAUCGGUUGGGCGAUAUGGAGGUUUACUCAACUCUUCUAUGGCACCUUCAGCAGAACGUGCAGCUUUCAUAUCUCGCACAAGAACUUAUGAACAUAAACCCACGAUCACCCGAAGCAUGGAUUGCAGUUGGCAAUCUCUUUUCCUUACAGAAAGAGCGUUCACAGGCACUUACGUGCUUUCGACGAGCUGCUGAAAUGGAUCCGUCGUGUGCUUACGCGUACACCCUGAGCGGACAUGAGUCUAUCGAUGAAGACUUAGACAAGGCUAUUGGAUUCUUCCAGACUGCAAUCCGCGCAGAUCCGCGACACUAUAAUGCUUGGUAUGGCCUCGGCACCUGUUAUUUACGAAUGAGCAAAAUACGCCUGGCUGAAUAUCACUAUCGCAAAGCAGUUGAAAUUCACCCAAACAAUGCCGUUCUGCUAGGUUGUGUGGGCAUGGCUGUCGAACGUCGGGGAGACAAGGUGGCUGCGCAUUCAUUGUUUGAUCAAGCUGUUCGCGUAGCGCCAGACAAUGCGCUCGUUCGUUAUCGUCGAGCGAAAAUCCUUAUCUCCAUGAAAAGAUACGCUGAGGCGUUGGAAGAUCUGGUUCAGCUUCGUGACUCAUCUCCCGAGGAGUCGAACGUAGUGUUCCAAAUUGCGAAAGUAUAUCGACUGACGGGUGAUGAGGUAAAUUCGGCGCGCUCGCUCGCCAUAGCACGCGAUACAUCUCCAAAGAGCGUCAACAAACUGAAGAAACUUAUUGAUACCGUUAAGGACGAAGAAGGCAGAGACGACCAGAUGGACGAAGGCUGAGGGGCCGCAUCGGAACAGUGUUCCUGUCUUGUACAUACAUACCCUACGAGCCUCGGUAGGCCUCGGUGCAUAUAGCAUUUUCUCCUCAGGACUUCGAGAUAUGGUUGGCGUGGUGGCACCGUGGCGUUAUC